UAUAUAUAUAUUUGUUUUUAGGGAAUAAAGUGCUGGUCAUCCGGGAUCAAUUCAAGCUGUGGUAUUCGUGUUCAUCUUCAUGAAUUUUUUAUUCAUAAUAUUCGACAUAAGUUUCACUAGUGUUGCUCUGAGUCUGGGAUGACUGGAAUCUCCUUGGUGCGAGCUCACAGAAAAGGAACUCUCUAGUGUCUAUUUUUCUAUAAGUUAGCACAAACUUUGAAGGCUAGGUGAACCAUGUCAAGAUUCAGGUCUCUGUGGCAGGCUUCGAUCAAUGCGACCAAGAGAGUGGUUUACUGAUGACGGGGCAAUGGAGGAGCAUGGGUGGUGAGGGAAGACUUACGCUGGGAGUAAUUUGUGGUGCUUGGUAGUGAGAAUAUGCAGUAUUUUAUUCUUACAUGGUUGUUUAGGACAACAUUUUUUUUCCGUCUAGUUUUCUGUUAUGGAGCCAUUCUUUCGAGGAUGAGAGUGUGAGUCCAACUUUUGCAUGGAAUUUUGAAGAUCUAAUGCCCCCAAGAGAAAACAUUAUAUUCAGUUUCAACUCGAAGGAUGAGCUGAAAAGGUGGCAUUUAUACUCUGAUUCUGAAUAUGGAGGUUUAUCAUUAGCAUCCUUGGAGAUCAAAGAGGGUGAUAGUGGACUUAAUGGGAUCUUUUCUGGAAAACUUUCUUUGGACGUAGCUGAGGGAUCCCCUUGGAGAAUGAAAAGGAGUGGCUUUUGUGGUAUGCGCUCCAAGAAGUUCGAUGGCUUUAUUGAUUUGGAUGCAUACGAUACAAUUACUAUGAAGCUUAGGGGGGAUGGAAGAUCCUAUAUUUCUACAAUAUACACAGAUAAUUGGAUAAAUUCACCAGGAAAACAGGAAGAUAAUUCUUGGCAAGCUUUUGUUCUCUCACCCAAGGAUGAAUGGAAUGAGAUCAAGAUUCCGUUGGAUCGAUAUUUGCCGACAUGGAGAGGAAAUGUGAUCAAUGCAAAGUUGGAAAUGAAUCCAGCUCGAAUCGUUGGAAUGUCUCUUUCAGUGAAUGCAGAAGGUGGUGUACCAGGUGCUAAAUCUGGACCUGGAGAUUUCAAGCUGGAGAUAGAUUAUAUCAAGGCAUUGAGAACCUGAUUUUCCUGUGUGUCCAUAGAAUCAAAUCGAAUGAUUUUCAGCAGAUCAUGUGCUGAGUUCGAAUCAAUUUGAUAUCAAGUUGACAUGCCCUACAUGAAUAUAUGUUAUUUUCAGGUAACUGCAAUACAUUGUUUGAAU